UAUUUUAAUAAAAGUAUUUCGAACCACCACUGUCCAUUGAAAAAUAUUACCAUCAUCGUCCAACAAUAAAUCUACAUCCAUCGAGUCAUCUGGGAGGUGAAAUAUUUUUCCAAAUGUUAAUUAGUUAAUUAAAUUAGGAAUUUAUUGUCAAUUAUUUAGCUUGGGGGUUACGAAUUCAUCCCUGACAACCACGAAUAGGUAGUGGUAACCAGAAUACAAACACAAGUCCAUUCUAACAUUGUUCAUCGAACGUAAAAGUUAUAUUGGUUGCCUAUAAGUGGGGUGACGUAAUCUUGCCGAAGGCUGAUACUGAUUACCAAAUUCAUGCCUGAAAUGUUGUAAUAAUUAUUUAUAUUUGAGUGUAAUUCUUUCAGCUGACCGCCAGUUCGCGUCCGCUUUCAUGUAAUAUAUGUUGUUUUUGUUUUCAUGAAUGGACCGGAAACAUGGGCCCGCGAAAAUAUUAUCAUCAUGUGGAAAGAGACCCUGAAAACAUUAAGUCGAUAUGGAAAGUUUUACACACCUCUACAUUCGUAUUGAUAAUACUCAAUUCUUUAAUAUCGGCAUAUAUAUUUGGUGAUAUUCUCAAAAUGUUCAACUACCGAUGCAUACUUCACAUAGAACCAAUUUUUGGAUUAACACAAAUCACUUACUUGAAUAACAAUACACAAAUCCAGAUAAUAAAUUUAAGAGAAGAUAAACUAAAAACUGAAGAAAACACAACAGAAGAAUUUACAACUACAUUUCAACCAGAAAAUGUUACAAAAAUGACAUUAAAUGAAAGAGCGGUUGAUACCUUAGAUUCUAGUUUAUCAAACUCUACAAAUUUUACUCAGUUUAUAGACUGGUCAAAGGCAGGAAUUAUUUCAGAGUCUCUUAAACACGUUUAUAUUAUUAACGAUACUUUUUGGUACAAAAACGAUUCUGAGUAUGGAAAAAUAAAUGUACAUAUAAGAGGAAGUGACUAUGGAUCAACUACAUCAUGUGAUUUAGUAUUAUUCGUUCCUUUAAUUUCGUUAAUAUCUGCUGCUGCUUUUGGGGCACUGAUCAUGCUCUUUGGUAGAGGCCAACAAUCUCAAAGAUCAUGGGUAAUAGUAUAUCCUGUAUUAAUAGCAUCUGCUAUAAUGACAAUUUUAAGUAUAAUUGCGUUGAUUUCUAUGAAAAAUGGCGUAGAAGACUUUUGUUCGCACUUUCAAGACUAUACAGGUGAAUCUAAGUGCUCGCGUUAUAUAUCUCUUUUUACAUUCCAAGGAAAAUUGACCUUAAGUGAUUUUUGGGAUGACUACAUUUUAUGCUAUUAUUCUUUUAUUUUAACACUUUUGCUUUGGACUAUUCAAAUGGUUGUGACAAUUUUAAGGCUAGGUAGCUUAGCUGAUUUUCAUUUUGUGACAGUAUCCGUAGAAAAGUCGGAAAUAAAUGUUGAUGAAGAAUUUGACGAGAAAAUUCAUAAUGCACUCUUAAAUUCUGGAAUGAAACCACUUAACCACAAGUCACUUCAGAAAGAUGACAGUAACUUAACGAAUGAAAAAUCUGACGAAUCGACAACCGUUUAAAUUUAUUUAGAUGGAAAACUCUACAGUCGAAGCUCCAGUAUCUACUUCUUCUUAUAUACACUCCAAUCUAAUGUAUUAUGUAAAUUUUAAAAAUUGUUAUAAACUGCAAUGUUAGUACAAAUAUUAUGUUAAUAAUCUCAGAAUUGUUCAAUGUAUGUAUAACGAAUUUACUAGAAAAACACAUCAAAUAAGAAGACUUCUUCAAAGAUAAAUACCUACGUAGAGACCUAAAAAGGUUGUGAGAUUCGAUAUACUUAUUUUUUUUUCUAAUAUGCUCAAUUUUUCUUAAUACAUUUAUGCAUUCGUUCAAACUACAAAUCAAAAAUGUUGUUCCAUUAAUUAUUCCUGAGCUUCAGCUCCCAAGUAUUUAAUGCACCAAGUGCCAAAUCUCCAUCCUUUCAUUUUAUAAUUAAUAGGUAGGUACCACCGCAGAGAACAAUAUUAGGACUACAUCCAAAUGAAAUAAAGUGUCCAAAACAAAAUUAUCUUAUUUAGGGCAUACCACUGAUAAAGAAGCUACCUAUUACCAUCCAAAAACAUUGCCGAACUCUGCAGAUUUCUUGGCAUAAUUAACCAUUACCAUUCAUUUGUUCCGAAGUUAGCUACAUCAUCUGUUACGGAAAAAUGUUAAAUUCGAAGGAGAGAAGAAUAUGAUGAUUCUGCGUUUAAGAAACUGAAAUAAAUCACUAGUUCGAAAUUCUGUUACUUUAACAAAUUUCAAACAUUUUAUUAAAUAUCACGGACUGUAGCUUUCGCUUCGCAAUCAUUAACAAAGGCAGAGAAGAUUUACAGUCAGCUUGACAGAAAAGAUAUGCAUAUACUGCUUUUAUUUGGCAAGUUAAAAAUAUUUUUUCAAUAUUGUUAAACAAUCAUAGUAGUAGUACAUUCAGGGAUUCAACACCUAUUGCAAUGUUAUUACAGCCAAAAAAGUCCCACUUUGACAUUCUUCUAUAAUUUAUUUGAAAAUGCAUGAUAGCACAGUUUUUUUUAUGGCAAAGGUCUAUAUUUUUAUAUAAUUUUGCUAUCAUUCAUUAGCAAAUAAUCAACAAUUUUUUGUACCAAAUUAUUCGCUUUCUGGUCCACAGUCAACAAAGUUUGCGAACUUUUGAAUGUUCCUGAAGAAUUUCAUGGGGCAUGAAUGUCUCAGGCAAUCCAACGAGCAGUCAGAAUGGGCGACGAUUGGCAAAAAAAUAAAGUCUUUAGGUGACAGUCACAAAAAUUAGAUUUUACGAUUUUAUUAUAAUCCUAAACUAUAACUUUUUUAUUUGAUCAAUAAAAAUAUUUGAAAC